AUGUCCAGACCUUACAGACUGCUGGUUAAAAAUGCCAAACAGCUAGUUUUGAUCUGCAAAAACUCUGAGAAGUACCUGACCAAAGAUGGGAUGCAAAAUCUCUGCGUGAUUGAAAAUGGGAGCGUUGUAAUAGGAAGUGACGGGCUGAUUAAAGCUGUAGGGCCUGCAGAAACCAUCAGAGCUCAGUAUGCAGAAGCUUUGUUUGACAAAGUGAUCGAUGCUGCAGGAAUGUGCGUCCUGCCAGGCUUGGUUGAUGCUCACACUCAUCCAGUCUGGGCUGGGGACCGAGUGCAUGAAUUUGCAAUGAAGCUGGCAGGUGCCACCUAUAUGGACGUGCACCGAGCAGGUGGAGGCAUCCACUUCACGGUGGAGCACACUCGAGCCGCCCCCGCCUCGGACCUCCUGGCGACCCUCCGCAGCAGGUUGGUGCGGAUGCAGCGAGCGGGCACCACCCUGGUGGAGUGUAAGAGCGGUUACGGCCUGGAGUUGCAGACCGAGCUGAAAAUGCUGGAAGUGAUCGAGGAGGCCCGGCGCUCCCUACCUAUAAACAUCUCUGCCACCUAUUGCGGAGCUCACGCAGUGCCCAAAGGGAAAACAGUGGCAGAAGCUACAGAGGACAUUCUGAGAGUUCAGCUGCCUCGGCUGAAGGAAAGGAUGUCUGCUGGGACUCUCAGAGUCGACAACAUCGACGUGUUUUGUGAGCAGGGAGUGUUUGACCUCAGCUCGAGCCGCUCCAUCCUGCAGGCAGGCAAACAAAUGGGCCUCAACAUCAAUUUCCAUGGAGAUGAGCUUCAUCCCAUGAACUCUGCUCAGGUAUCUGCCGAAGCUUAUGUAUACACUGUAAGCUACAGCCUAAAGAUGAAUAUUCACCUCUGAACCACAUCAUAACCUUCAGUUUCUGCUCACCGGAUCAACAGUACUCAUAUUAUUUUAGUUUACACCAACUCCAAAGAAAAAUAUCAGCUAGUUUCCACCUUUCCUCGGGCCAGAGACAUGCUGGACGCUGGAGUGAUCGUGGCCCUCGGCAGCGACUUCAACCCCAACGCCUACUGCUGCUCUAUGCCGAUAGUGAUGCAUCUGGCCUGCGUUAACAUGAGGAUGUCCAUGCCAGAGGCUUUGGCCGCCGCCACCAUCAACGCGGCCUACGCCCUCGGGCGCUCCCACACACAUGGAUCGCUGGAGGUCAACAAGCACGGAGACCUGCUGCUCCUCAACGCCACACGGUGGGAGCACCUGAUUUACCAGCUGGGAGGACAUCAGGAGCUCAUCCGGUAUGUCAUCAUCAAAGGGGACGUCGUCUAUGAUAACAACAAAAUCUUGGACUUGUAACUGUGGAACUAGGUUAACAGAGUGAAGUAAAACUAUAUAAAAAUGUAAA